ACCUAACACGCCAAACUCAGAUUAAAAUGCACUCUGCGCAAUCUUGACGCAGCUUCUUUUUAUCUUUCAUUCCGAGGGAAGCCAAGACCAAUCAGAACGCUCGUUAUUGAAGAGUGCCCGUGCCCGGACGCUCACUACUCAGUCAACAUGAUGGGACCACCAGGAAUGCCACCUCACUUCCCCCCAAUGGGAAUGCCCCCCAUGGGUCAGAGGCCGCCCAGCAUGAGCCCCAUGCCCCCAGGGAUGAUGCCCCCAGGGAUGAUGCCCAUGGGUGGACCCCAGAUGGGACAGAUGCCAGGUAUGAUGCCCCCCAUGAUGGCUGGGAUGAUUAUGCCCCCUCGUAUGCCCGCGGUGGCCAUGCAACCAACAGGACCGCCUGGGGUGGACACUGCCACCACUACAGCAGGAACAGUGGGUACAGCUAAUGGCUCUCCCCAGGACGAGCAGCCCAAGAAGAAGUCCCUGUGGACAGAGCACAAGUCUCUGGAUGGGAAAACUUAUUUCUAUAACACAGAGACCAAGCAGUCCACCUGGGAGAAACCAGACGACCUCAAGUCUCCUGCAGAACAAAUGUUGUCAAAAUGUCCGUGGAAGGAGUACAAGUCUGACACAGGGAAACCGUACUUCUACAACUCCCAGACCAAGGAGUCCAGAUGGACUAAGCCCAAGGAUCUGGAGGAUCUGGAGGCCAUGAUCAAAGCCGAGGAGAAUGGGACUGCAGACGUCCCCGCCCCUGGCACCGUCCCCACGCCUGUCCUGCAGGCUCACGCCGCCGCCGCCAUGGAAACUAUGAUGGAGGUGGAGAGCGUGGCGGUGAGCGUGGCCCUGCCCGUGGUGGAGGAGCACCUGACCCAGGGGGCCGUUCAGGGGGGCGAGGGCAGCACCGAGGCCCCCCCAGCUUCCACAGAGAGCACUGCCCCAACAGAGCUUCCUGCCAGCACUGAGGGCUCCAAGGAGGAUCGUCCAGAGAUCCAGAAGAAGACGUACAAGUGGAACACCAAGGAGGAGGCCAAGCAGGCCUUCAAAGAGCUCCUGAAGGAGAAGGGUGUCUCGUCUAAUGCAUCAUGGGAGCAGGCCAUGAAAACCAUCAUCAACGACCCCCGCUACAGUGCCCUGCCCAAGCUGAGUGAGAAGAAGCAGGCCUUCAACGCCUACAAGGUCCAGACAGAGAAGGAGGAGAAGGAAGAGGCCAGGAUCAAGUACAAGGAGUCCAAGGAAACCUACCAGAGGUUCUUGGAGAACCAUGACAAGAUGACCUCCACCACCAGAUACAAGAAAGCGGAGCAGAUGUUUGGGGAUCAGGAGGUGUGGAGUUGUGUUCCAGAGAGGGACAGACUGGAGAUCUAUGAAGACGUGCUGUUCUACCUGGCUAAGAAGGAGAAGGAACAAGCCAAGCAGCUGCGGAAGAGAAACUGGGAGGCCCUGAAGAACAUCCUGGACAACAUGGCCAACGUGACGUACCGUACCACCUGGUCUGAGGCACAGCAGUACCUACUGGACAACCCCACCUUCGCAGAGGACGAGGAGCUACAGAACAUGGACAAGGAGGAUGCUCUGAUCUGUUUUGAGGAGCAUAUCCGAGCUCUGGAGAAGGAGGAGGAGGAUGACAAGCAGAAGUCUCUGCUGAGAGAGAGGAGACGUCAGCGCAAGAACCGCCAGUCUUUCCAGAAGUUUCUAGAUGAGCUCCAUGACCACGGUCAGCUGCACUCCAUGUCUGCCUGGAUGGAGAUGUACCCCACCAUCAGCUCCGACAUCCGCUUCUCUAACAUGCUGGGACAGCCUGUUUAUGGUGUCUAUUCUGCAGGCUCCACCCCUCUGGACCUGUUCAAGUUCUACGUGGAGGACCUGAAGGCCCGUUACCAUGACGAGAAGAGGAUCAUCAAGGACAUUCUCAAGGACAAGGGCUUCCUGGUGGAGGUGAAUACUGGAUUUGAGGACUUUGGUUCUGUUAUAAGCUCAGACAAGAGAGCCACGACGCUGGAUGCUGGCAAUAUCAAGCUGGCCUUCAACAGUCUGCUGGAAAAAGCGGAGGCGCGGGAGCGGGAGCGGGAGAAGGAGGAGGCCAGGAAGAUGAAGAGGAAGGAGGCAGCGUUCAAGAGCAUGCUGAAGCAGGCCACGCCCCCUCUUGAGCCAGAGGCCACCUGGGAGACGGUCCGAGAGAGAUUCCUCAAAGAGUCGGCCUUCGAGGACGUGACUCUGGAGUCAGAGAGGAAGAGGAUAUUUAAAGACUUCAUGCACGUCUUGGAGCAUGAGUGCCAGCACCAUCACUCCAAGACCAAGAAGCAUUCAAAGAAGUCCAAGAAACACCACAGGAAGAGAUCCCGUUCUCGCUCGGGUUCCGAGUCUGAGGAGGAGGAGUACCACAACAACAACAAGAAGAAGAAACGCUCCCAGUCCAAGUCCCUGUCCGAGCGCUCCUCCAGCGGGGAGUCUGAGAGAAGUUAUAAGAAGUCCAAGAAGCACAAGAAGAAGGGAAAGAAGAGGCGACACAAGUCGGCUUCCCCUGAGUCUGAGGGAGAGAAGAAGGGGAGAGACAGGGACAGCAAGCGGGAGCAGGAGAAGGAGAAGGAGAAGGAGAAUGACAAGUCCAGAGGGAAAGGCCGCUCCGAGUCCAAACAGAAGUCUCCCAAAAGGAAAGCUACCAAGGAGGAGGGCGGCUGGGACACGUCAGGCAGUGAGCUGAGCGAGGGAGAGCUAGAGAAGAGGAGGAGAACACUGCUGGAGCAGCUGGACGCACCGUGAAACACCGAUUCCCUCCCCUGGCCUGCCCCUCCCCCCCUCCCUCUCCUGAACCUCCCUCCCCCGGCCUGCCCCUCCCCCCCUCCCUCUCCUGAACCUCCCUCCCCCGGCCUGCCCCUCCCUCCAUUCCGCCUGCCCCUCCCUCCAUU